AUGGAAUCUGGGAGAAGGGGAUGGAAUCAGGGAGAAGGGGAUGGAAUCUGGGAGAAGGGGAUGGAAUCUGGGAGAAGGGGAUGGAAUCUGGGAGAAGGGGAUGGAAUCUGGGAGAAGAGGAUGGAAUCAGGGAGAAGGGGAUGGAAUCUGGGAGAAGGGGAUGGAAUCAGGGAGAAGGGGAUGGAAUCUGGGAGAAGGGGAUGGAAUCUGGGAGAAGGGGAUGGAAUUUGGGAGAAGGGGAUGGAAUCUGGGAGAAGGGGAUGGAAUCUGGGAGAAGGGGAUGGAAUCUGGGAGAAGGGGAUGGAAUCUGGGAGAAGGGGAUGGAAUCUGGGAGAAAGGGAUGGAAUCAGGGAGAAGGGGAUGGAAUCUGGGAGAAGGGGAUGGAAUCUAGGAGAAGGGGAAGGAAUCUGGGAGAAGGGGAUGCAGGGAUGGAAUCUGGGAGAAGGGGAUGGAAUCUGGGAGAAGGGGAUGGAGUCAGGGAGAAGGGGAUGGAAUCUAGGAGAAGGGGAUGGAAUCUGGGAGAAGGGGAUGGAAUCUGGGAGAAGGGGAUGGAAUCUGGGAGAAGGGGAUGGAAUCAGGGACAAGGUGAUGGAAUCGGGGAGAAGGGAUAGAAUCUGGGAGAAGGGGAUGGAAUCUCGGAGAAGGGGAUGGAAUCUGGGAGAAGGGGAUGGAAUUUUGGAGAAGGGGAUAGAAUCUAGGAGAAGGGGAUGGAAUCUGGGAGAAGGGGAUGGAAUCUGGGAGAAGGGGAUGGAAUCUGGGAGAAGGGGAUGGAAUCUGGGAGAAGGGGAUGGAAUCUGGGAGAAGGGGAUGGAAUCAGGGAGAAGGGGAUGGAAUCUGGGAGAAGGGGAUGGAAUAUGGGAGAAGGGGAUGGAAUUUGGGACAAGGGGAUGGAAUCUGGGAGAAGGAGGAUGGAAUCUGAGAGAAGGGGAUGGAAUCUGGGAGAAGGGGAUGGAAUCAGGGAGAAGGGGAUGGAAUCUGGGAGAAAGGGAUGGAAUCAGGGAGAAGGGGAUGGAACCUAGGAGAAGGAGAUGGAAUUUAGGAGAAGGGGAUGGAAUCUGGGAGAAGGGGAUGCAAUCAGGGAGAAGGGGAUGGAAUCGGGGAGAAGGGGAUGGAAUCUUGGAGAAGGGGAUGGAAUCUGGGAGAAGGGGAUGGAAUCUGGGAGAAGGGGAUGGAAUCUGGGAGAAGGGGAUGGAAUCUGGGAGAAGGGGAUGGAAUCUGGGAGAAGGGGAUGGAAUCUGGGAGAAGGGGAUGGAAUCAGGGAUAAGGGGAUGGAAUCUGGGAGAAGGGGAUGGAAUCUGGGAGAAGGGGAUGGAAUCUGGGAGGAGGGGAUGGAAUCUGGGAGAAGGGGAUGGAAUCCGGGAGAAGAGGAUGGAAACUGGGAGAAGGGGAUGGAAUCAGGGAGAAGGGGAUGGAAUCUGGGAGAAGGAGAUGGAAUAUGGGAGAAGGGGAUGGAAUUUGGGACAAGGGGAUGGAAUCAGGGAGAAGGGUAUGGAAUCAGGUAGAAGGGAUGGAAUGUGGGAGAAGGGGAUGGAAUCUGGGAGAAGGGGAUGGAAUCUGGAGAAGGGGAUGGAAUCUGGGAGAAGGGGAUGGAAUCUGGGAGAAGAGGAUGGAAUUUGA